GCCAUCUUUGUUGUGGGCAAAGGCCCGUCUCCCUGAGAGAACAGCGUUGCGUCCUGGUUUGUGCAUCAGCUGACAGGGAGGCUCGCGUUCCAACAUGGCCGCCUGGCUGUGGGUGGCGUUGCCUGGGCGCAAGAGGAAGAAAGGCGAGGCUGGCGCGCUGUGGCCCUUGGGGGCCCUGUGGCUGGCCUGCCUGGCGACGCGGAGUGCGGCGAACGGCGACCCGCCGCUAAAGUGCGAAGACCUGCGGCCGGGGCAAUAUAUUUGUGAAGAUCCUAAAAUAGACAAUGAAACUCAAGAACCCUUGAAGUGUACAAAUCAUACUGCAUAUGUUCCUUGCCUUCCAGCACCAAAUAUUACAUGUAAGGAUUUUAGUGGAAAUGAAACCAAGUUUACUGGAAUAGAAAUUGGAUUUUACAAGCCUGUAGAGUGUCGAAACGUAAAUGGUUAUUCUUAUAAAGUAGCAGUAGCUCUGUCGUUAUUUCUUGGAUGGUUGGGAGCAGAUAGAUUUUAUCUGGGAUAUCCUGCAUUGGGCUUGUUAAAGUUCUGCACAGUAGGAUUUUGUGGGAUUGGAAGUUUGAUUGAUUUCAUACUGAUUUCAAUGCAGAUUGUGGGACCUUCAGAUGGCUCUAGUUACAUCAUAGAUUAUUAUGGAGCAAGGCUUACCAGGCUGGUUAUUACAAAUGAGACAUUCAGAAAACCUCAGCUAUACCCCUGAACUUGUCAGUAACUGCCUUGAACAGGAAUUUAGCUCCAUUUCUUCCAUUUUUAUGGGAAGAAGAGGAAUAAUAGAUGAUGGAAGUGGACUUUGUUCAAAGAAUGAUUUGAAGGAGUCCUGGGCACCAUCAACUCUCUACACAAGCUCUACCUGGCAAACCACUUCAUCAUACAUGUGACUGGUUAAAUCAAACAAGUUAGGGCUUUCGUGGCAUGAUUUAAAACAGCCCCAUUAAGAAGAGGACAGUGACUUGUCUUUUAAAUGAUUUUGCUCAUCGUUAUUUAUGGUAAAUAUAGUGUGAAAUUCUGUACAGUGGACUUAUACAAAUUGUACAAAACUGAAAAGCGGACGUGUAAAUAGCAAAGGCAGCAAGAAAAGACCUCACAUUCAGCAUCCCUUUCCCUUCUGCUUUGUCAAACCAAAAGAGAGCUCAAAUAAACAAAAAAUAAUAUUGUUUUA